UGGUGAAGACAGGCAGGGAAAGCCCUCAGACAGUAAGUACAGUGUUUCCAGCGAAGACCGCCGCUCCGCACUCUUCUGUCGCGACACUGAGGGCUGUGCGUCUGAACGGACUGAAAAACACCUCCAGAUAACAACACAAAGCUGUUGCAUUUAAUACUUUGUUUUUAAGAGGACAUGUCUGAAGUAAAUUUGAUCGAGGCGUCCUCCUCGGACGUAGCAAAUAGGUUUGCUCGGAAAGGUGCUUUGAGGCAAAAAAACGUCCACGAGGUCAAGAACCAUAAAUUCAUAGCCAGGUUCUUCAAGCAACCGACUUUCUGCAGCCACUGCACGGACUUCAUCUGGGGAUUUGGAAAACAAGGAUUCCAGUGCCAAGUUUGCUGUUUUGUGGUCCACAAGAGGUGCCAUGAAUUUGUCACGUUCUCCUGCCCAGGGGCAGAUAAGGGGCCCGAUACAGACGAUCCCAGAACAAAGCAUAAGUUUAAGAUCCACACCUAUGGGAGCCCGACCUUCUGUGAUCACUGUGGCUCUCUGCUGUAUGGCCUCAUCCACCAGGGCAUGAAGUGUGACUCCUGCGAUAUGAAUGUUCAUAAGCAGUGUGUUAUGAAUGUGCCCAGCCUGUGUGGAACUGAUUACACUGAAAGGAGGGGGCGUGUUUACCUCAAGUGUGAGGUCAGCGGAGAUAAGCUGCAAGUCACAGUGACUGAAGCUAGAAACCUCAUUCCCAUGGACCCCAACGGCCUGUCUGAUCCAUAUGUCAAGCUCAAGCUCGUACCAGACCCCAAACAUGAGACCAAGCAGAAGACCAAAACAAUCCGCUCCAGCCUCAACCCCAAAUGGAACGAGACGUUCACUUUCAAGCUGAAGAAUACAGAUAAAGACCGCAGACUAUCAGUCGAAGUGUGGGACUGGGAUCGGACCACGAGGAAUGACUUCAUGGGAGCUCUUUCCUUUGGCGUGUCAGAGCUCAUGAAGGCUCCAGUCUGUGGCUGGUAUAAGUUGUUGUGCCAGGAGGAGGGGGAGUACUACAAUGUUCCCAUCUCAGAGGAGGAUGAUGGUAAUGAGGAACUGAGGCAGAAAUUUGAGAAAGCCAAACUUGGCCCAGCUCAGAAGGUGAUCACUGAGACUGAUGACAGCCACUCCAGCCAGCUGCCAUCCAACAGCCUGGACCAGGUCAAACUCGGUGACUUCUCCUUCCUGGCUGUGCUGGGGAAAGGAAGCUUUGGCAAGGUGAUGCUAGCAGAGAUGAAGGCCACUGAAGAGCUGUAUGCUAUUAAGAUUCUGAAGAAGGAUGUGGUAAUCCAGGAUGAUGAUGUUGAAUGUACCAUGGUGGAGAAGAGAGUCCUGGCCCAACAGGACAAGCCGCCCUUCCUCACAUACCUCCACUCGUGCUUCCAGACAGUGGACCGUCUGUACUUUGUCAUGGAGUAUGUGAACGGGGGAGACCUUAUGUACCAUAUCCAACAAGUGGGCAAGUUCAAAGAACCUCAGGCAGUGUUCUAUGCAGCAGAGAUCGCUGUUGGUCUCUUCUUCCUGCACAGUAAAGGAAUCAUUUACAGGGAUCUGAAGUUGGACAACGUGAUGCUGGACUCUGAGGGACACAUUAAGAUUGCUGACUUUGGCAUGUGUAAAGAGAACAUGGCAGAAGGAGUGUCCACGAGGACCUUCUGUGGCACUCCAGACUACAUAGCUCCAGAAAUCAUUGCAUAUCAGCCAUAUGGUCGCUCUGUAGACUGGUGGGCAUAUGGAGUCCUGCUCUAUGAAAUGCUGGCAGGACAGCCUCCAUUUGAUGGUGAAGAUGAAGAUGAGUUGUUCCAGUCCAUUAUGGAGCACAAUGUGUCCUACCCCAAGUCGAUGUCCAAAGAAGCUGUCUCCAUCUGCAAAGGGUUGAUGACUAAACACCCAUCCAAGCGUCUGGGCUGUGGUCUUGAGGGAGAGAGGGACAUCAGAGAACACGCCUUCUUUAGACGUAUCGACUGGGAACGCCUGGAGAACAGAGAGAUACAGCCCCCCUUUAAGCCUAAAGUGUGUGGCAAAGCAGCAGAGAACUUUGACAAGUUCUUCACACGCACCCAGCCGCAGCUCACACCACCAGAUGAGCUGGUCAUUGCCAACAUUGACCAGACCGAGUUUGCAGGGUUCUCUUUCAUCAACCCGCAGUUUAUACACCCAUCGCUCGACAACAGUGAAUGAGGAGGAUGGGGAAACCUCUGUGAGGAACCUUUCUGCUCACUGUUACCCAUUUAAACCAACCACCCACCUAACAUCUGACUACAAUUUGAUCAUGGCCCACAUUAGAUCCUAAUGUGUUGGUAUUAUUCCUAAGCAGGAUUCUAGGGCAUGCAUAUUUUGCCAGUAUAUAUUUUGGAUUGGAUAAAUUAUUUUGGUUCUUGGCCUCAACAAGAAAUUUCCCAUUGUUUAACAAUGAGCAUCCACUGUAGGAUGUGCUUCCAAACAGGAGGCAAUAAGACACAAUGAUGCCAGGCUUUAUUUGUCUACAAUUUAAGAAAUGUAUCAAUCUCCUUACAAAUCUCAAUGUAGUUAUAUUCUACAGAAAUAAUUGACAGGUAAAAAUUUCUCUCUACAUGGAUAGUCACAGUAUAGAUAUCAUGCGAUAACCUGAGAAACACUCCUUAGGCAGUGUAGAUGCUAUAGCCAAAUAUGACGGAACGGUGGUGCAGGAGUUUAAACAGCACCUUGUUGUUCAAUGUUUCCUAUAUAAUGUUUACAGUUUUCUUCUCGCUUGAUUUCAUGGUGAUUGUGUAAAACAAAAUGUUAUUACAAUCGAUUCUAGCCAGUCUCAACUUCCAGUGUGCAUAUCAGGUCAAGUAAAGGAUUAACAGUUGUGUUCUAAAACAUAUGCAGCGUGUAAACACGUAGGUAUCAAAGUGUUUUGCCAAACAUCCAGUUUGGCAAAAUGUAACUCGGCUUUACUUUUGUCACCUUAUUUGACCUGACUGUAAAACAAAUAGCAGUUCAAACACCUGAUUAUUUACCCUUAUUAAGCUUCAGCUUGUGGACUUGCCAUGUUAAUGACUUUGUGGACAGCAUGUGGGCACACAGUACAUGUUAACAAGUUUAACAGUGGCAGUCUGAGAACAUUCCUACACCUGCCUUGAAAUCCAACAAUUUACAGUUUGUCAUAUUCUAACACUAGUCAGUGUUAACCACUGUUUUGUCCCAUGCUACACCCACAAAGCCUCACACUGGUCCUAAAUGUCUUAACGGAGACUGUAAAGACAUUUUAAAUAACCUGCUUUUUGUAUCAGUUAAUGUCAAUGUGUAUUAGCCAUAAAAUGUUUGAUUGAAUACGGUGUCAUCUGCUCGAGAGUUGAUAAAACACGACUCUUUUCUUUGAUUCAGAAAUUUGAUAUCAAUAAGAACAAACUUGUCUUUGAUUUGGAGUCAGCGUAACCAUAAUUAGUUAACUCAGUCUUUGUUUCUUUACUGUUUUUUACAGACAGUUUUGAUCUUAUUCUCAUACAUAUUUUUCCAUUAUAGCAAAAUAAUAUUUUAAUGUAUCUAAAAUUGGUGUGUAUCUCCUCUGUAAAUAAUUGCAAGUUCUUUAAAAAGAAAACAAACAGUAUAGCAAGUUACAGUUUUAUACCAACACCUGAAUGUGCUUUUAUUACAUUGAUUAGAUAUGUCAAUAUUUGUAUGUUUAAAAAAAACUUAAAGAACGUAGCCCAGUAUAGAUCAGCUUUGUAACAGCUGGGUGUCUUUAACAGAUUCCAGAUUUAGCAAGUUAUGAAAAACAUGUUCUACUCUUUGUCUGAAUUAUUUAAAAUUUUUUGUUUUUGUUUUUUUAAAUUACCAUGAUUUUAACUGCAAAUUGUGUGUUGAUUGGAUACACGUCUGGCUGUUGACGGUCCCUCUGUAUCUGCAUGCUAUUGGUGGGCAUCAUUCAUGCACGUAAUACAUUACAGUAAAUGCUGCAUGCUACAAAGUACGAAACUCCAAAGAGUAACAAUGUUAAAAAUGAUAAAACUUUUAGUUUAUAGCAAGAUCCAUCCCUUAUAAUCUUUAAUGUUUUUACCGGUUUUGUUCAUUUUAAAGAAUAGUGACCGUGAUUAAAUCCAUGCUGAUAUAUAAAAAAAAAAAAAAAAUCCUGCUGACAGCAUUUCACUCCUACUGGACCAAGAUGUCAAAAUGUCAAACCCAUACUCAGCUUGUUUGUAGGUCUUGCCUUCUAAGUGUUGGUCAAAAGAUUUAGGGUGCAGUAUCACUGUAACCAUAGAUCUAGGUUGUGGUCAAAUAGUAAAAAAUAGUAGUAUUAGUAUAGUAGUAUAGUAAAAUUUUCUCUUGAAAAUGAAAUAUCAUGACGUCAGGAAAAAAAGGUAAAGGAGAAUUUAUGAGAACUUAAGCAAGACAACAGUGGUACGAAGAGAAUGUGACCCCACUUGCAGGUUCCUGACCUGGAAUUUCUUUGGUGAAACUACAAUAUCCCAAAACUACACUAGCAGUGCACCUUAGAGGCUUGAACAUCUAGGUGUAUAAAUGUGGAUAAACCAGUAAAAGAUGUUACUUCAUUACCAAGGUAGGAUUUGUUAAAUCCUGUGGAUUUAACAUAUUGUUGAAAUCUCAACACACAUAAUCGUAUUAGUACGUUUAUGGCAUGAAGUCAACAACACAGCAGUGAUCUGCAUAGUGGUCUGCAUCCUUUGUCAUCAAUGUUAAUUGUUAGCAUUCAUGAACAUUUGGUUGGGUCCAGAUUUAUUUCGUAAAGGAUCCUCUAGUCUGUUCAUUACCAAAGAAGAUAGGAAAGGAAGCAAGGAAGCAUUGACAUACCUUUCCUUUCCAGCUAGAGAAUUCAACCAUCUGUUAUUGUGGUUUCUGUUUAAAUAACAGAUCAAGACUAUUUCACCUCAAACCAAGAUUUGCCAUAUGUAAGGUGGGCCAUUACACAUCAUUGUCAAUUAUUGUUGCUGCUUGACUGAGGCAACUUGCUAUAUCAGUUGAGACAGUGCAGACAGAUUGAUGAGCUGUGACAUGUGUAAGCCAGAAGAACAUCAGUGAUUUGCCAAAAGAAUGCAGAUCACAGGGUCUGAAUAAUAUAGAAUAGACAUUUAUUAUAGCAUAAAUGUAAAUACAUACUAGUAGUAAUAGCAGAUAGACCUAAACUACUUUUUAAAUUUCCCCCAUGAGACCUAGUUGCUGUCACAGGUUUUAGAUCAAUGCUAUCUUCUGUAGAAUCUUGAUAUAUUGCAUAUAUAUUGUAUAUAUAUGCACAGAUACACACUUUAUCUCCCCAUGCUCCUUUUGCCCUUACCUAAGACAAUGUGGAACACUGAAUCCAGAUCUUUGGUGAGUUUUGGCUUAGAAGCACUGAUAAUUAGUAGAUCAGUGGGACCACUCGCUCUCUAGUCUCUCAUGAAUGUUUGUUAUAAUCUUAAUGUUGUGUUGUCACAUUUUUUUCUUUGCUGUUUUUAUUUUUUUUCUUUUGCUCUUAUUGUUGUCAGUUUUAUUUCUCUAGCAUCUGCACAAUUCAGGAAGGUUUCAAAGGAUAUAUCUCAAUAUCAUACUACAACACUUAUAUCUAACUGAUGUAGAUAGGAAGUAUUUUUUGUGAACAUAACAUUUGUCCAUAUUUUUGUCCACUCUCUCCUAAUUUGUUUCCCAUCUUAUAAGACCUUUUGCAUGUGCCAAACCUGGAAAACACCAGAAUUUGACAGUUGCACCCUUGCACUAGCUGUGGUCACAAGAAUGGCUUGGUUUGGAUGCUAACGGCAUAAACUGCUAAAUAGUUAGUUGACCACAUUACAGUAGCAUGCUACCAUGAGUAUACCAGUGCACAUUGUGUCAGUCCAGUUGACAAUGCCAGUCAGUUUGAUAACAAACUUACCCUGCGCGCUAACAGAUUGUCCUGAACAUUUCAUCUUGUAGAGCAUUUGAUACUCACAGUGAAUUUCACAGAAAUUACAGAAAAUAUUUCUUGUACAUACUCAGAGUUUGCGCAGCAGCCGUAUUGCCCUUGUCUAAACCUAACUUGCACCUCUGUGUGUGACAAGUGCUGACUUAAUAGCCUAGCUUCAUCCCUUUAAUAGAAUCUCUGUUGACUUGCUGUGUUUUCAAAAUGUCAAGUCACAGUCGGUGUGGGCAUAAAGUUUACUCCUCCCUUUUGUGCCUUUCCCAGCUUGUACACCUAUACUGUACAUAUUCUUUUUACUCUUUCUCUACCAUGCUCUGAUCUAUUUCUGUUUUCCAUUUUUACUCCAUGUCAUAACUUCAGUUAUAACUCAUCAUCUUAAUGUUAAAUAUGUUUUCAAGAAAGGUAAUUAAUAAUAAUAAUUCACAUGAAUGUAAUUUUAAAGUUCUACAAUUUUUGUCACUGACACCAAUAAUCUUUCAAAAAUUUAAACUGGAUUCAUCCUUGCAUCUCUGCUUGCUCUACCUUUACCUCCCUGUGCCUAUUUAUGACUGUAGAACAUGGCAAAUUAAUUAAUAUGCUAUAUCAAAAAAUAUCAAAAGAUGAUGCUGGUUGAUGGAUGAGUGAAGAAACAAUGAACAGGUGAUGAAUUGGGUUAAGAAAAAUGAAUGACUGAACAGAUGAUAAUUGCUUGUUUGAAGAACAAACCCUGUGCCUCAUCACAUUGAACCCUCCUUCCUUUGUCCUCUGCUUUAAUUAAUCUGUAGUUCCUCCCUCUAGUGCCUGGGCCAAGUAAAUCCAUUUCCUUAUUGAUAGUGUCUCCCACCUUUUAAAUCCUACGUCAGUGGUUACUGCAUUACUGUGUGAGUCUAUGUGUGUGUCAUCAUGGCAUAAUGUGGUCCUGGAGACACCUACUGUAGCAGGAACUACGACAAAGGCUGGUUUGGGAACUUUGGCAAAGUGUUUAUGUCUCUGUCCAUGGACAGAUUUUGUCAACACAAUAACAUCACAACUUUACAGGUGCAUAGUUGGGUUCAAAGGCAGGUGUGGUCUGGCCAAUAAGUUCUGAGGAAAGAUUACUGGAAGUAAGGAGGCUAGAUGCCUGUGGCCCCUCCCCAUCACACAGUCUUUUGUAUUAUAAAUAUAUUUCUAGUUCCUGUAUGAAGUAUCCUAUCUGGUAAUAUUCUCCCCAGUGGGGCACGCCCAACAACUUCUUGGUGCUGCAUCUGGUGUGAUCCAGUCACAAGAUGGUCUCUAGCUUCUCUUGUGCAAUUCACUCAACAGAGACAGCAUCGGCCCAACACUUUCCAGUUCUUCUCUGCGUUUGCCUAAUGCACCACGGGAAAGAAAUUAGCCAAAAUUAUUUGGUGUUUUACAUUUUUUACAUUCUAUUUGAUGUCCUCGACUUUUUUAAUUUACAGUACGUAGGCCAAAUAGUGAAGUUAAAAAAAAGAGGGAGGAUCAUAAAUCUCUGGUUUCAGUAAGGUUUUUUUUUUUUUUUUUAAAUUAGCACUUCUGUCUGUCCUUUUCUUUGGAUGAAUUUGUUAUGACGUCUUCUUUGUAGUCAGUCAUUACUCUGCUGUUUCCUGCUCGCUGUGAAUUGAAAGAGUUUAAGUGAACUAUCCUCCUGGCCAGAGGGCAUAAGAUCAGUGAUGUGCAAGAAUGCCUUAUAUCUUAACCCAUAGUGUAACCAGUUCUCUAACUUUCCUCUGUUCAGUUAUAAUCUCUGCACCCCUGUCCUGUAUAUAAAUGACUUACAGUAGAUAUCAACAUAGACUGUAAAAGAAAGAACAUAUUGUAUUUUGCAAAUGGUGUGUGUUUGUUAUUUUUCCCUUGUCAGCCUGAAACCUUCAAAAUGAGUCUGAGCUACUUACCUUGUAAUUGAUUGUGUUAUUUGUACCUAAUGUAUGAUAAUGCAAAUAAAAAAAGCAAAAUGAGGUCCAUA